AUGGGAGUGACGUCGCCCGUCAAGUCUGCCGGCUUCAGCUUCUACAAGGACAUUCUCGAAGAGCAGUCGACGAGCAGUGAAGCGCCGAACCCGGCUCAAGAGCAGCCGCUUGAAGAGUCCAUGGCCGUGGAUGAUGCCGACGACGAGGAGGACAAUGACCUGAAUGAGACGAUCAAGCUGAAGGCGGACACUUCGGAGGAGGCAAUGGAGGCAGAAGAGGAAGAUGGAGGGGUCGACUCAACGACGACCUCCACCUCGACGCAAGAGCUUCCGGUGGCUAAGCGGAGUUCGCUGGUGAACUCUGACGGCACUCCCCGCUCAAUACUGAAGCUGAGUAAAUCACAGUCAAAGAAGAAAGUGAGCUGGACGGACGAGCGAAAGGUGCGCGACCUGGUGGAGGAGCGCCUCUUUGAGCUGGACGAGAAUGAGCGCGUCAAUGUGAACCGACUGAAUCACGCGCAGCACGAGGCGAUGAAGCGCUCGGAUGCGCAAAAUGAGAAGGCGAUGAUGGACGAGCAGAAGCACCGCCCGGAGGUGUUCGCUCCCUGGCGGCUGAUUCCGAUCGCCAUUGACGUGCCCCACCAGGCGGCCGCAGUGGAGCACGGCUGCAAGUCGGUGGAGCGGGCGAUUCAGGAGGAACGGCAGAAGACGACGUUGGAGUGCCGAUUCUACGGGCGCCUGCCGGACACGCCCGCCGAGCCGGAGCUGGAGUUCUACGGACACCAGCGGGAGCCGACGAAGAUCAUACCGACGGAGGACGAGGCGACGCUGGCGGCGCAGCAGGCGCAGGCUGUGGCAGGGGUGGAGCCACUUCACCCACAGCAGCAGCAGCAGCAGAUGGGCGGAAUGAUGGGCGUAGACCCCUUUGGCGGAAUGGUUGAUCCGCAGCAGCAGCAACAGCAGAUGAUUCAGCCUCAACAGCAGCAGUUUCCGCCCCCUGGAAAUGAUUACUACGGAGGCAAUCCGAUGAUGAACAAUGGCGGAGGACCGCAGCAGCAGCAGAUGAACUUUGCCAACAAUCAGGGCGGCAGAUUCCCCGGAGAUGGGCCACCGCCUCAUUUCGGUGGUGUUCCACCUCUGCCUCAUCAAGAGUCAUUUAAUGGUGGCGGACCGGGUAUGGCCAAUGGAGGAGGACAUCACUUUCCAGGUGGCGGACCAAACACUCACAAUCAGUUCAACCAGGGAGGAGGUCCGCCAAACAGCAGCAACUCCUUUGACAAUGGCUACGGCUCGAAUGGAAACAACAACAACUUUGGUCCGGGCGGACAAAAUGUGGCCGCCUACACAACUUCAAACGGGGGAGGCGGGCCAAUGUACAACGACUACAACACCUCGCCGCCGAACCCGAUGUACAACAACAGCGGACCGCCGCCGAAUCACCAGACUCCCGCCGGCGGGUACUUCAACCAGCCACCGCAGGAACUAGGCAACAACAACAACUUCAACAACAAUGGCAAUAACAAUCACCAGUGGGCGAAUGACGGUGGACCGCCCCCCGGCGGACCCUUUGCGCCCUUUGGCAUGCAGCAGCAGCAGGCGCCACAACAAUCGGGUCCUGGACCGCGAUUCUUCGGCAACCGAGGCGGAGGUCGUGGCGGUCGCUUUAACAAGAAGGCCAAAAACGACGGCAUCUGCCGCUUCUGGGCGAACACGGGCAAGUGCAA